UUGAGGCUCAAGGAGCAGACCCGCUGAGGCGUCCAGGCACUGCCUAGCUGAGGUUCUGUGCUCUUGGCCAAGAUGAGUUCCACUUCCAGCAAUCCCGAUGAUGGGGACACCGUGGAGCAGUCUCAGCUGGGGCUGGACACCGUGAUCCAGAGAUUGGAAGACACCAUCCUGAGCCCCAUGGCCAGCAGGGAGGACCGGGCGCUGACUGUGCGUGGAGAAGGCCAGCAGGCCUUGCCCACCCCUGUGCCAGCCCGCAUCCGGGAGAUUGUGUCAGGCAGCCUGGCUGAGGAGCCACUCUCAGGGCUGGGGGAGCUGCCAGCUGCUGCAACCCAUGCGCAGGAGGAGAGUGAGCUUCUGCAAGAGGAGCUGGCCAGGUUGGAGGAGCUGUUGGCCCAGGCAGAGGCCGAGCGGGAGGAGCUGGCCAGCAGGUGUCACAUGGUCAGCCAGAGGCUGCAGGCCCGCCUGGAUACCGCUGAGGCCCGGCUUCGGAAGUCAGAGAUGGAGCAUAGCAUGGACUUGGAGGAGGCUCUUAGCCGGCUGGAGGCCUCACAGCAGAGGAGCAAGGGCCUUUCCCAAGUGAACACUCUCCUGCGGGGACAACUGGAGCACAUGCAAAAGGCCAAUGACACACUGGCCAGGGAGCUGGCCAUGACAACACACAACUUGCUCCGCCUACAGAGCAAGUUGGAGCUGCGGGAGACCCGAAGGUUGGGCCUAAGAAAGCCUCGGGACAUCCUCCCCGUGUGGAGACAGGCCAAGGCUCUGCAGACACACCUGGCUGAGCUUCGGGCAUCCACAGAGAGGAAUCUCGCAGAAGUUCAGGCAGAUAUGACCCGGACCGCCCAGCGCUUGCAUGUGGCCUGCCUAAGCCUUGACUCCCACCUGCAGCUGACAGCCAGCAGUGGGACCAGCGACCUGGAACAGAGGCUGAGGGAGCAGACCAGGGAAAUGCUGCAGCUGCAGGGCCACUGGGCUGCUGAGAAGGUGGCACUACAAGCCAGACUUUCAGAGCAGACACUUCUUGUAGACAAGCUCUCCGAGCAGAAGGAACAAGGAGAGAAGGCCAUCCUGACACUCAAGGCGGACAUCCAGAGACUGAAAUCCCGGCGCAGCGGUGGCCAGCUGGUGGUGGAUGACCUGAGAGAUGAGGUUGAAGUGCUGCACCAUGUCCUGGCCAGCAUCAAGGAGUUGGCCCAGUCAGAUGCUGUGUGUCCAGAGUUGGCCUGGAGCAGCAGCAUUGAAGCCAGGGAGGUACAGGGCCCACUGAGGAGCCGCCCACGUUCUGUGUCACCUCACCAGCGUAUGUCCCCAACACGGACUGGCUCUCCAACCGACCUGGACCCCACCCUGCAGGCUGUGCAGGCAGCUGUAGAGCGGUGGCGGCAGCGGGAGCAGGAGCUGCGUCUGAAGCUGGAGUCCUCCCAAGAGGAAGCAGCCAGGCUCCGGGAGCAGCUGUCUGGGUACCGGCAAGAACUCCGGACCUCACAAAGGCUUUUGCAAGACAGGGCAAGGGAGCAUGAGGCCCUCCUGGGACAGCAAGAGGCCCAAAGGCAGGAGGCACAGCACUGCCAGGCAUCUAUCCAUCUCCUGGAAAGGGAGAAAGUAGCUCUGGAGACAGCAAUGGAGGAGCUGAGAGCAAAGGCAGGCAUUCGGGAGGCAGAGACACAGAAACUGGAGGCCACAAAUGCAGAGCUGCGGAGAAGCCUCCUGCUGCGGGCAGAGCAGAAAGCUGAGCUGGCCCAGCAGAGUGAACGGAGCCUGCGUGAGCUGGAGGCCAGCCAGAGCCGCCUGGAGCAGCUGGAGGAGAAGGUCUCUGGGCUCAAGAAGGAGCUGGCCACAUCCCGGGAGGCACUAAGCUCAAUGCAGCUGCAGAAGGACAUUGUGGAGACUGAGAGGGAGAGCCUGCAUGGUGCCCUGGCCCAGGCUGAAUCUGGCAAUGCUGAUUUGGAAUUGCUGGUGACACGGCUGAAGACUGAGGCAAUGGAGCAUCAGGACUCACUGGCCAAGAUGGCUGCCCUUGUGGAUGGGCUUUCCCAGGACAAAGGCAACCUAAACCAUAUGGUGCUUCAGCUGGAGCAGGAGCGGGACCAGCUUCGGGCGCAGCAGAAGAUACAAGAGCAGGAGCAGGCUGGCAUGAGAGAGCAGCUGGCACGGGCAGAGUCGCAGCUAGUGCUCAUUCGGGCUGAGCGAAGAAGUCUGCAGGAGACUUGUGGGCACCUGGAACAAAAGCAGAAACAACUAGAAGGGCAGGUGGUCCUGCUUGGACAGGAAAGUGCCCAGCUCCGAGAGCAGGUGGGCCAGGUUACAUGCAAGAAACAGGCCCUAGAGAAACAGCUGGCACAGAGCCUGCAGGACCAGGAAACCCAGAUGGACAUUCUGCAAGACUCUCUCCAAGAGAAGAACUCGUUGUCUGAGGAGCGGGCUCAACUACUGGCUAAGCAGGAAGCCCUGGAGAGACAUAGCAAGCUUGUGACUAAGGAGGCAGCUGAUCUGAGGGCUGAGAGGAACUCUCUGGAGAACAGCCUGUUGGAGGCCCAACAGCUGGUGACACAGCUGCAGACCCAGCAGGAACAGCUAGAAGGAGAGACCCAUGCCACUCAGCUCGCUCGCCAGGCCUUGCAAGUGGAGAUGGAGCGGCUGAAAAGUGACUGGGAGGCCCGAGAGACAAAGCUGCUGUGGGAGCUGGGCCAACUGCGGCAGCAGGCUGCACAGCAGGAGCAGAAGGCACAGCUGGCCUUGGAGCGCCAGGCACUGGCCCACAGAGAGGACCUGGCACAGCUGCAGAGGGAGAAGGACACUCUCAGUUUAUCCCUGGCAGAGGAGAAAGAGGUUGCUGUCCAGUGGAUGGAACAACAGAAGGAGCUGGUGACAAAAAGCACAGCUGAAAGGGAGGCUCUGAAGGGGGAAAUUCAGAGCCUGAAGCAGGAGCGGGAUAAGAGCCUCCUCCAGCUGGAGCAUGAGAUGCAGCAGGCCCUGUCUCUGAAGGAUGCUGAGAAAAGCCUGCUGAGCAAGGAGCUCUCUGGAGCUAACAGGGAGCUGGAACGGGCCCGGCAGGAGGCCCAGAGCCAGCAAGCACAAGCUGAGGCUACCAUCACCACCAUGACCACAGAGCUGAGAAGCCUCCAGGCCCAGUUUGAGGAGGCCAUCUCCACCCACCAGAGAGAAGCUGAAACUCUGAGGGAGAAGCUCCGGGAAAUAGCGGCUGAGCGGAGCAGCGUGAGGAGAGAGGCUGAGGAGCUGCAGGCUCAGUUGAACAUGGCUCAUGAGAGGCUGGCUGAGCUGCAUCAAGAGCUUCGGGACAGUGAGGAGAGCUGUGAGGGGCUACGCAGGGAGGCUUUGGAGGCUCGCCGGGCACUACACGAUGAGGCUCAAGAGAAGGAUAUACUGCAACACUCCAACACCAAGCUGAGGGCCACCAUCCACAGGGCUGAGCACGAGAAAGCCAGUUUUAAGAGGUCCAAGGAGGAGCAGGAGCAGAAGCUGCUGUUGCUUCAGGAGGCUCAAGUGACAGCUCAGAAGGAAACCCAUGAGCUGAGGACCAGGCUGCAGGAGCUAGAACGGGCACAGGGGGAUGCCCGCCGGAAACUCCAGGAGUGCCACAGGCAGGUAAGAACACUGGAAGCUGAGAACCAGAGGAAGAGGCAGGAAGUGAGUGAGCUGCAAGCCCAGGUCUCUAGGGAUGCACAGAAGCAGCGGAGGAACUUGCAGGAGACACUGGAGCUGCAGAGGCAUGUAGCUGAGGCCCAGACUUCCCGUGAUGGUGUCCAGAAAGAGGUUGAAGAGCUACAGCAUAAGUUGGCCGAAGUAGAGGCAGCGGGGGAGGUGCGAGCAAAGCAGCUGGAGGGGCAUCUCUGUGAGAGUCAGAGGGCUGAGCAGACCCUGCGGGCAGAGCUACGCAGAAUCACCAGGAAGUUACAACAGGCCAGCAGCCGGGCUGACAGCCUUCAGACCAGCCUGGAUAGUGCCUGUAGCCGAGUUCGAACCCUGGAGCAGGAGCUGGCCCAGGCUGAGGGCACUAGGCGCGAUGCGGAGGCACAGCUGGGCCAGCUGUGCUCCACGCUUCGCAGCGGCCUGGGGCUCUGGCAUGUGGCCUCUCCAGAGCGGCCCCACUCUCCCAUGACAGGCAGCCCCCAGACUUGCCCUGGAUGGCAAAGGGCCAGUUCACCUACUAGAUCCUACUCUCCAGCCCGAUGGCCCUCACCUGUACAGGGAGACCCUGACUCAGCAAUCAUAGACACAGCCUCUGUAAGGGAUGCCCUGAGGGACUUGGUGCAAAAGCUUCAGGAAGCCCAGCAGGAGCGGGACAACUCUCGCAUCCAGGUGGACAGCUUGAGCAUCCAGCUGAGCGAGGCAGAGAGUGAGCACGUCCGCCUCCAGAGCCUCGUCGUGCAGCUACGGAAGGACGUAGCAGAGGCGGAAAAAGGCCAGCGCAGGGCAGAGAGUGCAAUGCACAGUGCCCAGGCAGCUCGGGUGCUGCAGAAGGAGGCACUCCAGCGGCUGGAGGCAGAGCACCUUGCGAGCACACGAGCCGCAGGCCAGGAGAGGCGGAGGCUGCAGGUUCUUCUACGGAGUCGUGGAGAGCAGGAAGCUGCAGCCACACUGCAGGCAGAGAGGCGUGCCUUAAAGGAGCAAGCAACUUCGCUGCGCAUCGAGCGGACCCGCCUACAGGGGGAGCUGGCGGCACUGCGCACACGCCUUCUACAGACAGAGCAGGAAACUCUGAGGAAGGAGGAGGACACAGCAAUGCUGGGAACCAAGAAGGAGCGGCUGCUCCAGGUCCUGAGCAGCCUGCAUCAGGAAGUAGAUGGGACUCUGCGGCAGAGGCAGCAGCUGCAGGCCCAGAUGGCGGAACUGGAACAGGCCCACACCCAGAGACUCCAAGAGCUGGCUACCCAGCGCCAGCAGGGCCUGGCAGCUGAGGCUGACGGGCUCCAUGAGUCCCAGCUGCAGGCCACACAAGCUCUGGAGUCCCGGGAGCAGAUUCAGCAGCAGAGGGUGAAGGUCCUGGAAAGGCAGGUGGCUAGCCCGAAGAAGCAGCUGGACCAGGAAGUGUGUCAGCAGCAGCAACAGGCCCACAGUGACUAGAUCUUUUGAGCCAAGCAAUGACCUCCACUGCAGUUUCCUCCCUAACCCCUGUGCUGGGUGGCCUGCACUGACCAUCCAGGACAGCAGGCUCUGGGGGAAACGUGAAGGCCCUCCGCUACUGGAGAAACUGGUGGGGCCAAAUUCAACAAACAUCAGUGUGUAGUGAGAGGGCGUACAGUCAGCCACCAACCAAAGCACACUACUCCCUCCACAACUCUUCCCCGGCUGCCCAAGUCCCAACUCUGCGGACAGCAGCCUCCAGCUGGGCUGGACCACACUGCUCUUUAAUCCUCCCUCCUGCUGCAGGAGCACGGAUGUUGACCACCCCUCGGCCUGAACGGGGCCUGGGGCUCCAUUUCCAGAUUGGACCUGCCAUUGGGCCAGGCUGGUGGCUGGGUCCUGACAGACCAGCUUCUUUGCCACAGGCUGCAUUCCGUACCCUCAGCUCUGUAAACAGAGGGAAACACAUGGAAAACAUUUCCACCAGCAAGCGCCAAAAACACAAUGUCCUGCAAGGCCAACCACCACACCCCACAUCCAGAGGCCACAGAAUCUUCCGCAUCCAGGAACUGCAGUCCCGGCAUGGUGGCAGGUGGCUGGAAAUGACUCAGAGGCGAGUCCCGUGACUCGCUGGCCACAGGGGUGUUGUAGAUCUGAAGCUGUUCCAGAAUCUCCCAUUUCCACACCAGAAAAUGCUGAAAAAUGCCAGGGGGAAUCCUGCUCUGGUUGCUAUAGAGACCAAGGCCACCAUCUUACCAGAGCCUGUUCCUGCCUUACCUGUUGGCAUCUAUGCACCCUUCUAUUCAGUGCUGGUCGGAGUGAGUUUUGUUUCUUCUCCAACCAGUCUCUUUGGCAUUGGAAAUGGCACUUUCCAGUGCCUCUUCGGCUGCCAGCCAGUCUGGUAAAUUCUUGUCUGCACCACUAGGUGCACAUUGCCCCAUGGUUUGUGCUUCUGCCAGGACCUCCUGAAGCAUCUUCAAGGACUCUGGCACGGGGCAGGAACGGCCAGAAGCUGCUGGAGCCCGUCCAAUCGCAGUCAUGUAGCUAUGGCCAAGAUAUGUGACAGCCUGUCAGUUUACUUCAAGAUCACCAGGGACUUAAAAUCAGCCAUCCCGGCAGACCUUUGGUUGAACUUGGUAACCGGAUCCUGCACAAUCAAGGUAGGCAGAUAGGCUAGAUCGAAGAUGCCGAUACAGUCAGGCUCUGAAAGGAAGAGCACACAGACCCAUUGGCAACAGCUUCCCUGCACAAAGGACACGUUGGUGGUGGCAUGGGUCCUGUGAUACGUGCCCACCUACAGUUUCCAGUCCCAGAAACACUGAGCCUCGUGGAGGAGAGCCAUGACCUGCCCCACUGGGGACUGGGAAACUGGGACUUGGUAGUUGGCCCUUACCUUGUUCCUUCCCUGGUCUGCAGUUCCCCUGUGGUGAUGGUGUACUUCCCCUCAAGGACCUGAGCAUGACACAGAAACUGGAGCUUUCCACAGGAGGCCAGGGAGUUCCUCCGUGGCUCAUUCAAGAAGCCUUCCUCUUCCUGAUGUUUCAGGGCUCACUGGUGUCCCGGGGACAUCAAGGGGAUUGAAGCUGCCAGCUGAGGCGGUGUCCUGUAAGCAGAGCACAGAGGGACACACUUCAUCGGUGAGAGGUCCAGAUACUUCUCAGCACCAAAAUGAAAGACACUGUGAUCUGACCAAGGUGCUUCCUGGUGACCCAGGGCCUUUUACACUGACUGCUCAGGAGAGCAUUCAGAGUACAGAGAGGGCUUCUGAGAUUGCCAUGCUUUGAGUAUUUUUACAUCAGUGCAGGAGGUAUUGUUUUUACUUAUUCAACAUAAAGGAAUAUAUUUGUGUUGAAAAGGGAUGUUUUCUAAAGAAUAUAUUGCAUUUCUCUAAACAUUUUCUAAGGUGUGUGUACAUUGGUAUGUGUUAUCUGGUGGUUUCUGCCCUGGGCAAAGUGGUGCUGGUUAUGAAAGACCUUCCCAGCAGUUCUCUGAGACUACUGUUUGUGGGUGCAGAAACCUCACAGCUGGGCCAAGAUUAGAUAGGGAACUAUUGACAGGCAGUGAACCAAAUCCAGGACCCCACAGCUCACCCCAUGCAGGCCUUGCCCCACUCCACUUGCCCAGUGGAGCUUCAGGCACAGACAUGCAAAGAGAAGAGGACAGAAGGGCAUCC